AUGCCGGCAAUUUCACCGCCGCACUGUGGUUCGGGUAGCCCGCCGUCAACACCACCAUUGGCCAACUCAACACCGGCAGACCAAGUAUCGACGCCGAAUUGUGGUCCGGGCAGCCCGGUGUCUUCACCAUUUGGCAACACUACGCCAAGUUGGGCAAAUGACAGUCUGAAUGGACUGGCGAAUUGGAUCCACUCGGUCGACACUCCGGACAAACCACCGACGAAUCUGGACACAGAUUCUGAUUCCAUAAUGAUCGAGGAAACCACCACCAAACCCAAGACAACAGAAUCAAAAGAGGAGAAAUCAGGAUCCAGUGCGACAGUCCACAGACCGGUGCAGUCGAAACCCGAGCCGGAAACGGAAUCAAAGCCGAUAGCUGGGCCAAAGGACUUCAAAUCGCUGUUUCUUGACACGUCGAUGUUGAUGGCCAUCUAUGAAAAACCCGAGAAACCCUCACUGCCAAAACCUAGCAAGGAUAGGUUGUCGUUGAAGAAACGGAUUCCAAUGCGUUUGGCAUCGGAGGACCAAAUCGGCAAUGAUAACGGAUCGCCGGGUCCGUCCAGUGUCGCAGAUCCAGAUCGGCAUACAAACAACCCGGAAGUGACGCCCAACCCGGUCAGCCAGCCGGGCCGCCGGAAUGCAACGCUUUUGUCAUCGAAGGAAUCGACGCCCAAGCCGGUCAGACAGCCGGGCCGCCGGAAUGCAAUGCUUUUGUCCUCGGAGGACGAAUCGACGCCCAAGCCAUUGUCCGUACAGCGAUCGGCACACAAACAACCCGGUAAUGACGCCCAACCCGGUCAACCAGCCGGGCCGUCAAAACUACCAUUGUCCGUCCAGCGUCCCGUCCAGCGUCCACUACCAUUGUUUUGUCAUAUAGUAUAG